AUGCCGUUCUUGCUCUUGCCAAGAGAUGACUUGGACACUUUUCUGCGCUUCCAGCUCACCGCAUUGCCCGGCAACGGGGCCUUUGCACAGUCUGCCGUGGUAGUGAUCGCUCCCCCGAGCUUUUCAAGGUGGGAAAAGGCAGCGCGGUCGGAAUGGAUGGAGGGCGCCAACUGUAUCUCAGUUGCUGCCAAUCGGGCCCCGGCCGAUUCGCCCGAAAUCGUCGUUCGUGACCUUGCGCCGAGCACACGGGAGCCUUCACAGCUGGACCAGACGGACUCCAAGUGGAAGCUGAGGAAGCGGUCAGCACUCAGGUGCCAGAGGCUCAUGGUCGAAAUGGGCAUGCCCUUCGGAACCGCGGCAGCGGAGACCAGCCGAGCGCAACGCGGCUCGGCAAUCCGCCGAUGGGAUUUUGAAGCGCGGGCAGGGGUGGCGCGGCAAACUCGCUUCGGCUCGGUCCGUUGUUCUGCUCAUUGCAAGGCGAGUGCCGCGCUGCUGGCCCUUGCGCAGGCAGGAGCAGCUACUGUAGAUAACUUGGCUGCCUAUUGGGAUCGCUGGCGUGUCUCUGCGUGGAGGCCGUUAAAGGGGCCGCGGCACGGAGCCUUCGUCAGGCAGAAGGGCAGAAGUGGCCCUGCUGAUGUCAAGCGCCAGGCUCGAGCACACCCGCUGGUUGGACAUGGAGCGCAAGCACAGCCGCGAGAGCUUUGGCUUUUCCAUGGCGGCUUUGAGUCCCAGAACAAGCUGGGGCGGGCCGGCGGGGAGGUCUUGGGGGACGCGGCAGAUCGAAGCGAGGUACAGAGCCUGCUGAAGACGCAGGCGGCGCACCAGCGGACACCGUAUCACCCCUUCUGUGCGCAGAUCCUGCAGCUUAUGCUGAAGGAGGGGCUGAUCCGUGGGUACACCGUUGAGGGAAACCGCAUCACCAUCCUCCUGAAGCACUACCAGGGAGCUCCGGUGAUCCGCAACGUUCGCGUGGUGUCCAAGCCCAGCCGAGACAUUUGGCUGCUGCCUCACGAGCUGAAGUUCCGAACUCGGAACAACACGGGCUUGUGGAUCAUGCAGACUCCUGUUGGCGUGGUGUCACACCGUGAGUGCAUUGAGAUGGGCAUUGGCGGAAAGGUGAUCUUCGCAGUGAACAACGGCUUCCAGCAUUGGUGCUGA